AUGAAGCCAAGUGUGCAAAUAUUCGUUCUUUUGUGCCUCUCCUGUGCCCUGAUCGAUGCCCGUCUUUCGGGUCUGCGCCGUGUCCAUGGCUCUGGUCGCAGUGCCCUGGAGGAGCCACAGAUUGUGAUUUUCUCCUCCCAGGGAGAGCCCAUCAAGCGAUCAGACGACGAAGAAGUCACCUUCCAGGAGCCACAAAUCAUCGAAGCCGAAACCGAGGCAGAGAAAGACAGUCGCAAGGUCCCCGACUAUCUGUACUCCAAUUCCAUGCCGCUGGUCAACGAUCAGAAUGUCAAGUAUGUGGUGCCCCAAGUGGCCGCCUAUCCGGUGGCCUAUGGCCCCUCCAUCGUCACCAAUCGCAACGGCAUACAGAGCCAGAACCAAAACCGCAUCAAUCCGGGUCUGUCUUAUGUGAUGGUGCCACGUGUCCAGCUCGGGUUCAAUCUCCAAGGACAAUCGGGCUUCAAUUGGCCCAACGUGAAUCUCCUGAAUCCCUCUUCGGUUGGCGAUUCUGCUGCUGAGAAGGAGGAACCUUUGGGUCCCACUGCAUACAUUCCCAUUCCAGUGCCCGGGCCACCCGGUCCCCCGGGGCCGCCCGGCCCGCCCGGCAUGCGUGGCCCGGCCGGACCCACGGGUCCGCGUGGUCACCGAGGCCCCCCGGGCGAAUCUCAGCCCCAGAAGCCCUCCCAGAAUACCCCGCAGAGCAUUUGGUAUACGCAGACGAGCAGCAAUCAUAAUAAUAAUAAUAAGCCGCAAUAUUCUGAACACUUUUCGAAUGGUUAUCAAAGUUAA